UGUACAGCAAGAUUAUGGUUGUUUUAAAUUGUGCGAUCGAUGCUUCCGAUGAUAUUCGCAACAUAACCCUCGCUGUUACGGCAGUCAUUUGCAUGGCGAUCAUUUGGCUAGAGCUGAUCAUGCCGCUUUUCAACCUAAGCCGUGAUGUUUACAAGGGAGAGUUAAAAGUCAGCAACUUCACCAUAGGUUCCAUUCGUCGAGCGUUAAGUCGCAGACGCAGACGCAAAAGGAAAUGAGACUUCUAUCGAAUGAUCAUUUUUGAUUAAAUAAUAUUAUUUGAUGAAGCAAAAUAUCACAAAUAAACGUAGGAC